CACGGCAUUGUCACAGGUGAGAAUACACAGUGUCAUCGGCAGCACGUUCACUUUCCCACAUCAUUAAGCUUCGACAUACAGGUGAAAGGACACCGAGCCCAGUCUGCCGUAGACCCGCAUCUGUGGGAGAUACUGGUGUGUAGCCUGCAGACGGUUCGAAACCUCUUGUGCCAAACGGACGCCUUGAAUAAGCUACGACGCAAUGUUUGGAGUGAUGCAUCCAGGUAGGAAGUACUCGCCGACGCAAUAUCUUACUGGGCUAUCGCCCUUAACGGUAUCUACGGAGAGCUCCGUGCCAAAUUCGCAAAUAGACAAAGAGUUUGAAGAAAGUACAGAGAAAAUGUCAGAACCGCAAAAUGGCAAGAUGCGAAAUUCUAAAGCGAAAGGAAUUAAAGCAAUAAAGAGGCGCUCUUCUCCAACUCGGAGUCUGGAGGCAGCUGAAGCGGCGGGAAAUAAACUUCACCAAGAGAAGGGACUCAACCCUGCCGAGAGGGGAGGCGCAGCUCACCGCGGUAGGAAGAAAAGUUACCGGCCUCCUGACGUCAGGACGAUAUUUGAAUUCCCCGAGAAAGACCCCCGGGUUCCAGAGGAAAAGGGAGAAGGGCACGUAUUUUGUCCCGAUGUAUCCGGUGCGUGGUGCGACCUAUGCUGCGAGUACAUUUUCCAAAAUCGUCUUACGUGUACAGGCUGUAAGUACACCUGCCACCCGCAGUGCAGAAGCCGAGUCUCGCUGGACUGCCACCAGAGUGGCCCUCCCCCCCAAUCACAGGACCACCUGAACAACAACCGCAACUCCUCUGUGGAUGUGGAGAAAGAGAAGGAACUCCGCGCUCACCUCAGCCGAGAAGAGAUCAGCCACAAGGUGGAGCUGUACAACGCGGCCGUCAGAGACCACCUCAAAAUGACCCUGAACCCCGGCGGCCUCUACACGGGCUUCAUCAAGGUCCAGCUGGAGCUGCUGCGGCCAAUCACGGUGCGGGGCGGGGGCGGGCCCGCGGGGUCGCCCCGGAUGCACCCGGUCAGCGGGGAGGAGGCCUUCUUCAUGCCCCGGGGCACGGUCAACACCCUGCACAUCAGCAGCUCCAACACCGUGCGGCAGGUCAUCGAGGCCCUGCUGCACAAGUUCACCGUGGCCGACAACCCCGCCAAGUUCGCCCUGUUCAAGCGCUACCGCCGAGAGGACCAAGUGUAUGUGUGUAAACUGGCGGAAGAGGAACACCCCUUGUUCCUGCGUCUGGUGGCGGGACCCAACACAGACACCCUGAGCUUCGUCCUGAGGGAGCAGCAGACCGGCGAGGUCAUGUGGGACGCGUUCUCCAUCCCGGAGCUUCAGAACUUCCUGCGUAUCCUGCACAAGGAGGAGGACGACCAGGUACAGGUCCUGACCAGACGCUACGCCAACUACAGAGAGAAGCUGGAGGAGGCGCUGAGGGCCGUGGGGAAUCAUGGGUAACGCGCCCACCCGGAGAGAGAGGGGGAGGGCGAGAGAACACGGCAGGACCUGAGCACGCGUGUGGGUCACUCACAAGGACUGAUGGGAGCAGAUACCUGGACUGCCUCACGUUAUGUGUAAUACACAGGAAGAACACAAGAGGGAGCUGUUGCUCUGGUGGCAGGGCACCGGAGCCAUUUGAGACUUAUUUUUUGGGAGCACCCAGAGCACUGGGAGGUGUUACCUUUGUGAUGUCACGCGCCUUACCGGAGUGUACCACGGCUUUCACUUUCACACACGCACCCUCUUCUCUCUCUCUCUCUCUCUCUCUCAGCUCUAUUUCCCCAUUUACUUUUAUUUUAAUCAGUUACCUCUUUUAAACAUGUGAAUGAUUCAAGAGGAACGUUGAAUCAAUUUUAUAUCACUUUUAUUUAAUUGAUGGAUGGAAAGGUUUGUAAAUAUUUCUGUUUCUUAUUUUAAUUUAUGUGGAUGAAGCUUUCAUUUUAUUUUCUUGGUUUUAUUUUAUUUUGGGAGGCGUGGAAGCAAUGCUUUAAUUUUGAGGGGGGAAAGACAUCCAGUCAUAUCUUAAGUCCUUGCAAAGUUUAAUGUGGAGUAUGAGCUUUCGAAAGGACAACAUGGGCAAACGUUUCCAUUUGCAAGUGGGUUGUAAAGUAAUUUGCCUGCAUUUAAUAGCAUUCCGGCUAAAAUGGAAAGACUGGGGAAGACGGUGUAACAUUAAAAUGACAAACUGACAGAGCAGUAAAGAGCAGAGAGAGAAAACGGUGAGGCUACCAGAGUAAGGAACCUCUGAUGGGUGGUGAAGCAGCCUAGGGCAUGAAACAGGUUUGUGUGGGUUAAAGGUCAGGAUGAAAGAUGAGGAAGUGUUGGGUAGAUUAUUAAGAGGAGCGACCCUGUAGACUUUGGGCUGUGUGACAGAUAGUGACAGUGAGGCUGAGGUGAUCUUUGGGCUGCAGAGAUCAGUCAGUGCUGGUGAUGAGGCAGCUGUGAGCGGAGCUGAGUGAUUAAUGAUUUGCAUUAAUGUCUGAAGCACUGUGACCUCAUCUGUAUGUGGAGUUCAGUGAAGCUGAACAAGUGAAUGCAUGGGACAAGUGGAUCAUGGGAAGUUGAUAGAUGGAUGUAGCGAAAGUUGAAAAGAAAGAAUGCUGUAAUGUCACCCCCUCACCCCCCAAUAUUGAUCCUGUCCCUCAGUGGCAGGUGAAUAUGGAGCUCAGACUUUGAGGAUUAUGGGGGGGUUGGUUAGAGUGCACAUGCUUUUAAUAUGUUUUAUAUGUGCGCAUUAUCCUGUUACUCUGGGGUAUGAUUUGGGGGCGCACAGCUGCCUCUGAUCUCUAUUACUGUAACACAAGAUGUGUGAGCUCAGGGGAUAAAGCAGGCGUCAGUCAAAUCCGGACCCCCUCCUUCCACACUGGCGUUUUGAUAAUGGCCAGGCUGCAGUGUGGGUGACUAACUCACACCGGGAGGACACAUGAGCCUGAUUGAAAGGCCAAAGCCCCCCCCCCCCCCCCAUUCCAGUCUGUAAGGCUGUAAUGCUCUGUUAGACAGGAAAUAUGAUCUCUCUCUCUCCUUCUUUUUCAUAAUCUUACCUUUGAUUGCAGUAUUGCAGGAACAAGUGCGGUAAGCCAGAGUAACACACUCAUUUGAACUCCAUUAUAAGUGGCUGCUGGCUGCAGGCAGAGAGAGUGAGAGAGAGUGAUUCCCCUUGCAAGCCCUGAUUGCCCAAAUGUGCACCACUCCUUCCUAGCCUUAGAGCGGGGUUUCUGGUCAUGUGCUUUGUACAGUCAUUCUUUCUGCAAUGCCAGCGAAUGUACUCUGGUAUUUCUGUGUAUAAAAGAGAAGUUGCCCAGUCAAUUUUAUAUAAAACUAUAAAAAGUGCACUUUUGAGUAGACAAUCUAACCAAUGGGAAAUCGACUUGAGAUGUCACAGCUUUACGCACCAGUUGGAAAAAAUUGCGUUAAACAAAGAUGCUCCGUAUACCGAAGGUGAACAUGCACGCGGUGGCAUUUCACUGCUUUCUGCUAGUACUGCAUGAUGAUAUUCUGACUGGUACUGGAUCACAAUGUGUAGCCUGCACUCUCGCGCCACAAACUUUCUGUAGACGAUGCACAUUGUGGUUAUAUGGAGGCAUCUAGUGGAGAACUGCUGUAACUGCACAUUUCUCAGCCAUUUUUAAUAGUCUUACUAUUCUUGCCUGUGAAAAGUUGAGAAUUGAUUUAUGUUAUGUACUGUUCUUUUCUCUUUUUUGGUGGGAUUAUAUAGCCAAAGACUUUGUACAAAUGCACACUAAUUUAAGGUUUAAAGUUUUGCCUGGUGCAAGUAGAUACAUGCCACACCAGUUCAGGAGUGGGCAUGCACACUCUACCCAUGCAUAGUUUAUUUACUCUUAAAGCACUGGGUAGUGAAUAUAAAUUAUGUUUAGUCUUAUUUUAGCCAACUGUUCUUCCCCUGCCCCAUUGGAGAUUUAUAUCAUUAAGCUAUUAAUAUAUUUUAAUAAGUUUAUUAUAUAGUGGUGUGUGCAGUUUAAAUGCACUGUGUGUUGUAGACAACCACCACCAAAUGUAAAAAUUGCUUUAGCAUACGAGACCCUCAUUCUAGAAAAGCUUGGGCACUUUAUUUCUUAAUUCAGGGACCCCCACCCCCUUUGACACCUAUAUUUUAUAUAAGUAUGUCAUAACACACAAUUGGGUAGUUACAGGUUGUAAUACGGAUGGUUAUUUUUAUGUUGUCAUGAAUGCUAACUUUUUUUUAAAUUUGUCUCUAAAAUAUUCUUCAGAUCUAUACCAAAAAAAAUCUCCACUUAUUGGAUUUUAGUCAUAUAAUAGUUACACUGUGAAUAUAAUUUGUUUUAAGGACAGGGAGAUAGUCAUGAUUGAAUUUGUCUGGACUUCAAUGUAAGAUUAAAAUAAUCAUAUUAUGCAUGCAUUAUAUCUACUAAUGCAUAUCCUAUAGAGCUGUUAAGGAAACAGUUAGGCCAGUAUUGUCCAGAAUGAAAGUGGAAAUACUAAAGAAAGACGAUAUGAUAAGGAUUUCUAUUAUUUGCCAAACCUCUCAAGUUUUCUUCUUGUCAUGUACUAAAUAUGUACUGGUAAAGAGAGAAUCCACUGUGAUAGAAGCCAUUUGGAUUCUUAGUUUCACACUGGGCCUAAAUAUGCGAUUAUCACUCAGAAUAGGGCUGCAGCUCACUAAGGAGUGUUUGUUUCAGAGAGGGCAAUUUUCUUCAUAAUUAUGACCUAGUUUCUGGUACUGCUGACACUGAGGUGGUGAUGGUACAAGGAACGAUCUGUAAGGUUGGCUUGCAAGAAACGAGAAGUACCUACAAUUUGUGAUACAGAGAUGUUGCCGUUCUAUUUAUACUGUUGAAGCAGAUUUAUUUUUGUAGGUAACUGAUAUUUCAUUUGAAAUUGUUACCAAAAAUGGCUUUUUGUAAAAGGCCUGGAUUCAUUUAUUAAACUUGUGAUUAA